UCAUCAAUAAUAAUAUUUUGACAAGUUUUUUUUUUGUUAGAAUUCAUCAGAAAAAAAACAAAUCAUUUUAACACACCAAUUUCCGUAUUAAACGCUUGUGUGUGUGUGUGUAUGUUGUAUGUGUAAUCUGCUGAUUUUUUUUUAGUUGAAAAUACAAAAAAAAAAUUCAGCAGUAAAUGAUGGAAGCUUCAUACGGAAUUGGUGUUCACAAUCGUUAUGCAUUAUUUCUUGAAGAUGGCGAAGAUGAUUCUGUCGAUCCAUAUUCGUUGAUGAAUGCUUCCGGUAUUGGUGGUGGUGGUGGUGUGGCUAUUGAUCAUCAAACUGGUGGCGAUUCAUUGAAAAAGGUUCGACAACAAUCGGCAACAGCUAAAUUAAGUAGCAAUCAAAAAGGCCAUCAACAACAACAGCAGCAACAACAAUCAAUUAAAUCAUCUUCAGCUGCAAAUGUCAACAAUAAACAAUCCUCUGGAACAUUGACUGAAUCGAAACAACAGAAUGUCAUGACCAAUGUAAAAUCUGAUUCAGGUCGUCCCAAUCGUAAUCGUCAACAAGGUCAACGUAGUGGUGGUGCUGUUGGUAACAAUCGUGAAAAUCAAGAAAACCGAAACCAACGAUCUCCACGAAACUUUGAAUCAAAAGAAGAGGGUGGUGAUUACAAAUUAUCUAAAGAAUUGAGAAACGAUAAAGACAAUCGUCGAUUACCACGUGGUGGUGGUUCUCGUGGUGGUGGCCGUGGUGGUGGCAGCAGAUUUGGUAAACGAGAAUUUAAUCGUCAUUCUGGAUCAGAUCGAUCUGGUGUCAAAUCUAUUGAUAAACGCGAAGGUGGUGGUUCCCAUAAUUGGGGUAAAAUCGAUGAUUUUUCUGAACAACCAUUGGAAAAUGAAGAAAUGGUCAAUGGCGAAAAAUCGACUGAAAAUGAAAAGCCAGCAGCUGAAGAUGGCCAAAAUGCUGAGGAAACUAGUGGUGGUGAAGGAGGUGAACAAUCGGCUGGAGAAGCUGAACCGAAAAAUGACGAACCUCAAUUCAAAACAUUGGAUGAAUAUAAACGAGAAAUGGAAGAGAAACGAAUGCAUACACAAUUCAAUAUUAGAAAACCAGGUGAAGGAGAAGAUAAAUCAAAAUGGAAAAAAACCUACGUACUUAAGAAAAAACCAGUAGCCGAAGAAGAGGAAGUUGAAUAUGAAGAAAUCGAAGUGGAAGAGGACACCAACAAACGUCGUAACCGUCAAGUGCUUGAUAUAGAAGUAAACUUCCGACCAGCUGAAGGUGGACGAGAAGUUAUUGGACGUCGUGGAGGACGAGGUGGUGGUGCUUCUCGUGGUGGCGGUGGUGGUGGUGGACCACGUGAAGGUGGCGAAAGACGACGUAAUCAAGAUGGUGAACGUUCAGGUGGUGGUGGUGGUCGUGGUGGGGGAUCAGGUCGAGGAAUUGGUUCUGGAAGAGGUGGUAAUCGAGGCCGUGACCGUAAUCGCUUUCAACCUGCCCCCAAAUUUGAUGAUUUUAACGAUUUUCCAUCGUUAACUUCGUAAAUCAUCGAUGCCAAGCAGAUGAAUAUAAGCUCCUCAAUCAUUCAAUCAAUCAAAUAAUGCAAAUCCAAAAAAAAAAAAAAAAUUUAUUGAUGAUUGAAGACGCAACCAUCCGAAAACCAUCACCACCCAAAUAAAACAACAACAACAACAUUUUUGCUCUAUUUUUUUCCACUACUGUAUUUUGAAACAUUAUAAUGUGUGUUUAAAGAUAUAUGGGGGGAGAAUUCGUUACUCUAACUCAACAAAAAAAAACAACAACAACAAUGGAAUCUCAAACCAUUGGAAUCUAAAUUUAGUCCAUGUUUUUCUUCAGCUCCAGUUAUUACUAUUAUCUUCUUCUCUGCUAUAUACUGCAAAUUUUGUCUUCGUUUUUUUUCUCAUUCGUCUUUAUUCUUUGGUAAUUGAAAUAACAAAAAAAAACAACAACAACAACAAAAAUCAAUCAGCAAC